AUGGUCAGCCCGUCGUCGAAAGCCCCCAAGGGCAUGGAGAACUUUGUAAUCGGCCUGAUAGGCAUGGGCGACAUGGGGAAGAUGGCGUUAUUGCGUCUGCUGCGACUUGCAUUAUCUGGCGGUCAAACAUCAUGCAAGGCUCCCGAGAUCGCGGCAUUUGAAGAAUACCUCCCACCCGAUGUCGACAUUGUUCCCUGCCACUCUUUGCACGGCCCAAACGUUGACACACGCGGUCAGCCAUUGGUCCUUAUCAAGCACCGCGCCUCCGACGAGUCUUUCGCUAAGGUUGAGACUGUUCUCAGCUGCUUGAACUCCAAGCACGUCUAUCUUUCAGCCCAAGAGCAUGAUCGUAUUACCGCAGAUACGCAGGCCGUGACACACGCCGCCUUCCUGAGCAUGGGCAAAGCAUGGCAUGAAAUGAAGCAGUUCCCCUGGGAGGGGGCUCGCUAUGUCGGCGGCAUUGAAAACGUCAAGAUCAACCUGAUGUUGCGGAUUUAUUCCCAGAAUUGGCAUGUGUAUGCCGGACUUGCGAUCCUGAACCCCGAGGCACGGAAACAGAUCGCACAGUAUGCCAAGUCGACCACCGAGCUCUACAAGCUCAUGUUGGAGGGCCGGCAGGAUGAGCUGCGUGAGCGAGUGUACGCCGCCAAGAAGAAGGUCUUUGGAGCUGAGGAUAGCCCCAAGUGGGAGGAGCGGCCGCUGCUGAAGGACGAGAUCCUGGACCGCUUCAGCCUGGGCAAAACGCCGGAUAGCCCACCGCUGCCAAACAAUCACCUAGCCCUGCUGGCUAUGGUUGACUGUUGGAGCGCCAUGGGCAUCGUUCCCUAUGAUCAUAUGAUUUGCUCCACACCACUAUUCCGCUUGUGGCUCGGUGUCACAGAAUAUCUCUUUCGCCAUAACGACAAGUUGGAUGACGCUAUACGUAUUGCCAUCGAGGAUCACACUUUCCGCUCUGAUGACCUCGAGUUUACAUUCGCUGCGCGGGGUUGGGCAGAGUGUGUUUCGCUAGGACAUUUCGAGACGUGGAUGGAGAGAUUCAAAGUCACACAGAAGUUCUUCGAGCCAAGGUUUAAGGGUGCAGUCGAAGUUGGAAAUGCCAUGAUCAAGGCUGUGCUGGAGAGUACUAAGGAUUGA